CGUUCACUUCUAUGCAGUGGCUCAAUUUAGAUUUCCUCUGAAUGAACAGAGAAGGAAGAAAAUUGUUCCACUGAUAAGAAAAAAUAAAGAUGCUGUGAAGACAACUAAUAGCUGCUAACCAAAUGCCCACCAACCAUACAAAUUUUGCCCUCUUUGCAUAGCUGGCUGAGGAUUCGCGUAGUGCACCUUUGCUUUCAGCAAUGGCCAGAAGUGGUGAAGAAAGUCAGCUGCAGAGGAUUAUUCGGGAUUUGCAGGAUGCUGUUACAGAACUGAACAAAGAAUUUACAGAAGGAGGAGAACCAAUCACAGAUGACUCUAUCAGUUUGCACAAAUUUUCCUACAAGUUAGAAUACCUUUUGCAAUUUGACCAGAAAGAAAAGUCCAGCUUACUGGGCAAUCGGAAAGACUACUGGGAUUAUUUCUGCGACUGUCUGGCAAAGGUUAAAGGAGCCAAUGAUGGAAUACGCUUUGUGAAAUCUAUUUCAGAACUGAGAACAUCCCUUGGUAAGGGCAGGGCAUUUCUCCGUUACUCCUUAGUACACCAAAGGCUUGCAGACACUUUGCAGCAGUGUUUUAUGAAUACCAAAGUAACAAGUGACUGGUACUAUGCAAGAAGUCCCUUCCUGAAUUCAAAAAUGAGCUCUGAUAUUGUCGGUCACCUCUACGAACUCACAGAGGUUCAGUUUGAUCUGGUGUCUAGAGGCUAUGACUUAGACUCGGCAUGGCCCUCGUUUGCCAGGAGAACAUUGCCUUCAUUUGGCUCCUCAGCUUACCAGUGGAGGCCUCCAAGCCGCACUUCAAGCAUGAGUAGUUUGGUGAGCAGCUAUUUGCAGACCCAAGAGAUUCCCUCCAGCCCCAAUGGGAAUAGCUUUUUAACUGCUGAGCCUCUUGAGGGCCUUGAUGAGCUACACGUGGAGCUGGACCAGGCAGAACUGCGGCAGAAAGAACUGCAGGAUCGGAUCCAGCAUCUAGAAAAGGAAAACCAGGAGCUCCAGGCGGCCAUCAGCUUUGAGAAGCAGCAAGCGCAAACAGAAAGAGAGAAGAGCAGGAAUAUCAGCGAGGAGAACUCCAGGCUAACGAAAAUGCUGGGGGAGGUGGAGAAACAGCGUGAGAUCUCCCACUGCACUCAGGACACCAUUCAGGACCUGCAGAAGUGCCUGCAGACAUUAGAACUGAAUGCAGUUGAGAAGCAAAAAGAAUACUGUGCAAGGCUGGAGGAACUGGAGUCUGGGAAAAAGGAUUCUGACUCAAAGCUUCUUCUCUCGAACCAAGAGCUGGAAGCUGCAAGGGCUUUGGUGUCCACGAAGGAUGUCCACAUCAGUGAGCUUCUGGCCAAAUUGCAGUCAGGAGAGCAGAAGAAUGAAGAGCUUGUUGCCAAAGCCAAUGCUCUAAUGAAUGAAAAGGCACAACAAGCCACCAGUCAGUUUGAGUCUGCACUGAAGAUUGAGGAUUUGCUGAAGAAGCUUAAUGAAGCGGAAGAGGCAAAGGCCAAUGCUGAGGAGUUAAAUAAUAAACACCUUUCUCUGCUUAAGAUCGCAGAAGAGCAACUCCAGUUAAAGGAGGAGGCACAGAAAGAGUUUGAAUCGAAACUGACAAACCUCACUGUCAACUGCAAGGAAGAAUCUGAAAAACUUUGUGGUGAUCUGGAAACUAUGGCAACUAAAAUGGCAGACCUUCAGAAGGCAUUAACAGCAAAGGGCAAUGAGGUGGCUGAUCUUCAACUCCAGUUGAAAGGUUUGUUGGAUUCCAUAAAAUCCUUGGAAAAAAGCCUUGAAGAGGAAAAGAAAGAGAAGACAAAACUUGAGGGUUUGGUCACUCUUACAAAAACAACAAUGGAAGAAAAAGUAAAGAACACGAUGGAGCAACUUGGGCUUAGGGAAAUUCAGCUUUCAAAACUAAGUCAAACAGUGAAGAGCUUAGAAGAGCAAAAGAGAGAACUUAUUUCUGAAAGAGAGCAUCUCAGAGAAACAAUAGAAAGAAUGGAGGAACAGGCCACAGAACAAAGCUCCUCACUGAGAAUGAUCUCUGAAGGAAACGAGAAGCUCAAGUCUCAGAAUGCAAAGCUGCAGCAAACCAAUCAGAAGCUAGAAGCGAAGCAAAGAGAGUUGGAUGCUUCUCAAUCUUCUCUGGAGGCUGAGGUUGCCAGACUGAGAGCCUCCGAGAAACAGCUCCAAAGCCAGAUUGAAGAUUCUGUGGUGUCCGUGGAUGAAAAGGAGAAGAAACUCCGGGGACAGAACAAGCUGCUGGAUGAAAACCUGCAGAAUGCCACAAGGCAAAACCAAGUUCUGGGAGAAAAGCUGGGUGCCCUGCAGGCUGAUUACCAAGAACUGAAAAAAAGUGAAGAAGCUGCUAAAGAAUCCUUAGCUGUGCUGCAGACAGAGCUCCAGAACACCAAAGAGCAUGGCCUGCAGGUGGAAAAGAGCCUGUCCUCCUCAAGGGAAUAUGAAGGAUCUCUGAAGUUGCAGCUCAAAGAGAAAGAGGAAGCAUUACAAGACUUGGAGAGCCAGUGCAAGGAGCUACAAGGACAGUCGGAGAGGUGCAGGGAAAAGAUGGAAGCCCUGGAGGCAGAAAAGGCAAAAGCAGAAAAAACCUGCCUCCAUCAGACAAAGGUGAUUGAGUCCCUUGUUUCUGAGAAGGCUUCUGUGGAGAAUGCCCAGUUGGAACAGGCAUCUUGUCAGGAGAGAGAAGCCAAAGAACUGGCUUCAAGACUGGCCCUUUCGGAGGAACAGUUGCGUCUCAACCAGGCAGAGGUGUUGAGACUUCAGGAGGAAAUGGUGGACCUUCAAGCCAAGCUUCGACAGGCAGCAGCAGAGCAGCAGAAGCUGCAGGAAGAGUUGGAUGUUGGAAGGGCUGUUCUGAGCGAGCAAAAGACCCUGGCCCAGCAACUGAAAGAGCAAGGCGAAGUCCUCAACAGAAAGCACGUGAAGGAAAUGCUUCAGUGUCGCCAACGAGAGGAAGUGCUGCAAAAGAAGAGGGACCAGGAAGCCCAGCAGAAGGUGGAGCUGGAGGAGAACAUGCUGAGCCUCACAGAGGAGCUGUCCAAGGCCAAGCAGUAUUUGGAAGCAGUUAAUGCAGAAAACGUGGAGAUCAAAGACCUCCUCCACAGGACCAACACAGACAUGGCUGAGCUUGGCAUUCAGAUCUGCAGUCUGACAUCUGAAAAGGCAGAGGCAGAAGAGAAACUGUCCCAGCUCAUGGAGGAACUCAGAACUGCCAAGGAUAAAGCCACCAGAGAACGUGAGGAGCUUCAGCUUGAUCUCUCAAGACUCACUCAGGAGAAACAGGAAUUGGAAAGCAAACUGGAAGAGUCUAGGGUUUGCAACGCAGCUCUCCCUAGCCUGCAAACUCAGCUGGAGAUGGCAGAGAAGCAUCACCAGAAGCUGCAAGAGACCAGCAAAGAGGAGCUGUCUGCAGUCAAGUUUCAACUGAGCACAGAAAUCAUAAACCACCAAACAAAACUUAAGGCUCUCAGUGAAGACUGCGAAAAAUUAAAGCGGGAAGUUGAAGAGCAAAGCCAGGAAGCACAUGUCGCAAAGGAAGCACUCAAAGAACUGCAGGCUGUGAAAAGAGAUCUGUGCAUGGAAUUGGACCUGGCCAUGGAUCAGGUGACAGAGUACAAAGCAGGCCAGCAAAAAAGAGAUGAGGUGGUGACACAGCUUAAAGAAGAGCUAAAAAGGGCUCAAAUGGAAGUCAACAAAGCAAAUGAGCAAAUUCAAGACUACUGCGAGAAACUCAGCAAGACGAGAGCAGACCAAGAAAGCAACGAAAGGAAAUUACUGGCUGAACUCGAUGACCUAACAAGAACAAAGCAGUUCCUUGAAGAACGGUUAAUUGAACUUCUCAGAGACAAGGAUGCCCUUUGGCAGAAGUCGGAUGCUUUGGAAUUCCAGCAGAAACUCACUGCAGCACAAAGAUGGCUUGGUGAUGCGGAAGUAAGCUGUUGCCUAGACUGUAAGAAAGAAUUUGGCUGGAUGAAUCGCCGCCACCAUUGCAGAAUGUGUGGGCGCAUUUUCUGCUACUACUGCUGCAACAACUAUGCCAUGUCAGAGCAUACUGGCAAGAAGGAGCGCUGUUGCCGGGUUUGCUUUAAAAAGGCAAGUGCCAUCUCAGUUGAUUCUGGAUCAAAUGCAAGCCAAGAAGAACCACCAUCAAGCCUGCUAGCCUCACCAUUGUCCCUGGUCCACAGAGUUAUGGUUACAAAUGAAGCCUCUAAACCCACAGAUGAUGCCGUGUUUGAUAUAAUCACCGACGAGGAAGUGGGCCAGAUAAAGGAAGACAACUCGGUUCACAAUGAAAGCCAAACUGAAGAAGAAUCUUUGGACCAUGGUAUAACCGAUCUAAACAGCACCUAUAAUUCCUCAACUUUUGAUGAGACCGAUGACUUGCAAAUGGCCCAGGAUGCAGAGAUAUGCUUGCUGAAGUCAGGAGAACUGAUGCUAAGGCUGCCUCUAACCGUAGAGGAAAUUCUAAAGUUUGGAGAAGCUAACAGAGAACUGUUCAUUAAGUCAAAUACUUACAGCGUUAUUCCCAUCACUGUGGAGGAAAGUGGCCUUACAAUAAGUUGGGUAUUUUCAUCAGACCCCAAAAGCAUAUCGUUCAGCGUGGUGUACCAAGAAUCAGAAGAUGCUCCUCUGGAUCAGUGUAAAGUUCUUAUUCCCAUGAUCCGGUGCAAUUCCCAUAAGGAAACCAUCAGAGGGCAGGUGAAAGUCAGAAAUACUGGUAUCUACAUCCUCAUAUUUGACAACACUUUUUCUAGGUUUAUCUCAAAAAACGUCUUUUACCACUUAUCUGUUCAGCGCCCAGUGAUCUACGAUGGAAGCGAUUUUCCAGAUCCUUGAAUGUAAUAUUUAUAUACUGUAUGUUUUCAAUUUAUAUUUUUAAGAGACACUAUUAUUUAUAUACACACAAGCACUAAAAUCAAAGAUGUGUUGGGAGCCCCCAUAAGAGUCAUGCAAUAAUUCUGAAACCACGAUUACAUGUAAGCGUAGAUAUAAAGGAACGUAACCUUCAAUAGGAACACUAAUGAUUCUGGACUGCAGGUGCUUGUUCAAAAGCCAUUUUGUUUAUUUAAACAACCUAAGCUAUGCAAUGCUGCAUUUGAUGCAAAAUUGUUCAUAAUCCGGAUACGCAUUGUAAAAAGGGCUAAGAAACAGGACAUCUUCUUUUGAUUUAUUCAGGGCCAACCAAGAUGUGAUGUUUCUUAUAUAGUUUGGCUCCCUAUUGCGUUUUCUUUACUCUAACCAAUAGGUAGUGGUGAGAGCAAGGGAGACAGAUCAGGACCAUGGAAUGGGGCAGGGUAAGGUUUAACCCUUUGUUUUCACUGUGGUCCCAAUAAGAAUCUCCACACACACAUAUGUGCCAGCUAUUUUCAUAAUGAGAAGAAAGCUUACGCUGAAAGCAUAUAUAUAUAUAUAACUAUUUUUAUAUGUCGCUGCUUCUGCGUCUCAUUUUUUUAAAAAAAUGCUGCAAAAGGAAUGAAAUUAAAAUUCAAUUCUGCAAAAUCAUAGUAUAUUUUAUCAUGGACAUAUUUACUCCAGUCAACCUUUCUAUGCAGGAAGAAAGUGAUUAGACAGAUUUUGUUGCUGUUUGGUCACAUACUACACAUGGCAGGAAAAUGACUCUAGAUGACGUGCCUAUUUAACUUGUUUGCAGUCUUCAUAAAAGUCUGCUUACAUUAAUCUGUGCCUUAAUGAGGAAAUUCACCUGCUUGAUCUUGGUCCUUUGUGGUAAAGGUCAUUUUGUAACUUCAUUGGUACUUGAAGCCUAAAUGUGUCGUGUGGAAGUGACUUGCAUUGAUUUCAGUGAGAUAAACUAUUUCUCACUGAUGCAUGUAGCAGAAGCCAGCUUUGGAAUUAGUAAAAGGAAACCUUUAUUUUUAAACUGCAGCAUAUGCAGAAGGGGUUUCUUUUCCUAAAUUCAUUUUACCAUUUCAUAAUUUAGUAAAAAUCUAUCCAGUAAUAGUGCAUAAUAUGGCCAUGAAAAUCAUAUCUGCAGAAUAUUUCCUUAAAGCACUUGUUUUUAUAGACACAAUUUUUAGUUUCUAUUUUUUAAGUGAAGAAUAAAAACAAGACUCAACAUGACUACCUCCCAUACUGACAAAACUUUGUGUAAUAUUACCAAGAGGGGGGACAACAAACACUACCUUAGCCUAAUUCUAAAACUAUGAAUGCUUAAAAUCAACAAACACAAAAGUUGCACAAGCGUUUUAUUUUGCCACUGCUGGCCAAAUACACUGAUGAAAAUUAUUAGGACUGGCGUAUAUGACAGCAAUAGAGAGAGGAAUAUGAACCAUAGGGAUACAAGAUGUGUAGUAAUAAUUUCACAUAACUGCAAGAGUAGACGGAAGUAUUGGGGUGAAUGCUUUAAGAUAUGCCACUACAAAUAAAAUUGGUCAGACAUGGAAAUCACUGAAAUAACAGCCAGUUAAUUAUUUCAACUAUUCUUGCAUCAGGAGCAGUUGAAAUAGGAACUGCUGAUACAAAAGACAAAAAAUGCCUGAGUUUGAAUCCUAGAUAAAUCUACUGAAAAAGUAAGUUCUAUUGAUUUAAUGGUGCUUAUUCCCAGGUGAGUAUAGGAUUGCAGUUUACAAAUAUUUUGUGUCUGAAAAUAAGUGAGAAUAACUUGAGACUUUAAAAAUUGCUUUAUUUCAUAGAUAUUUUCAGGGAAACACAAAAUGCUUUCCUUCUAUUUUGGUAAGAAGCAAGCUACUCCCCACCCCAUUUUCCCCCAAAGUAAUUUUUUUGGAAACUUUUUCUGGCAAGAAUUAUCAUAGGAAUGAAGGCAUUCCUGCCAUAGAUAAUCAGUAUUGAAGAAUUUAUUAUUGCCCACAGUAGACAUUAAGAAAUUUGGACACUUCCUUCUGAACACUAUUAAACUGCAGUGCCAAGGUCAAUGUUUCUAUGACAGUAGGGGAACUAUGGAUAUGAAAUGAAAUUUGUGAAAAAACUAAGUAGAGGAGGUACUUUAUUAAGCAAUUAUUUGUAUGAUCUAGAGAAGACCUUCUACGUUACAACAGCCAGGAUAUUUAGGACAGGGUCCUACUUGAGAUUGCCUAACACGUCUGUUAAGCCUAGUAUCUCUUCCCCAUUUUUAAGAAAGUGUGCAAUAUGUGCUGUAGGAAAGACUUAAGCUGUUUUACUCUCUAGAUUCCUUCAAUUAAGAGAGCAACGAAUUAAAAAAAAGGUUUUUGCAUCUGUAAAUGUUUUGGCAUCCUGUCUAGUCCUUUUAAAAAAAAGGAAUGAAUUCAAACCAAGUUACUUGCACUUGCUUCCAACUGAAAUCAGUGGAACUUAAGUCAUUACUAACUUUUCACACUGUUUUCAAUUAGACGUAUGUGCAACUAAUUUAGAUUGAAUCCAACUCAAUGAUUCAUGGUGGGGAAAGGAGAAAGGAGCUAAAUUGUCCGGGGAUGAAAGUUACUAUAGCACAGCUAUAGUAGCUUGGCUCCAUCCAUAUGUUUUAGCAGAGUACAUAUCACAUUGCCAGCUGUUCUCCUACUUCACAUCUUUACUAUCCCCUUAUGUACAGUACAGUAUUUGUUCUGUCAGUUAAGGCUGUGUGAUACAGGAAUAGCGGCUUAGUUAAAUUGUAUGACAACAUUAUGCAAAUACUUGUGCAGAUUUGGGUGGUGGGCUAUAUCAGUGCCACAGAGAAGCAGUGGUUGUGUUCAUUAUACAACUCCCCUCCUCCCAUGUAUAUUGCUGGUAUAGUUACAUACAGAUCUGCGCGAUGCCCGACACGGUUGAGAUGAAAUUGUAGAAGGAAAUGAAGAAGUAGAAGCAAUAUAGUAUAUAUUGUGCAUUUGCCAUUUCAUUAUUGAAUGGUGUUAUUAUUUAAGGGCUAGGGGUGUAUUGUUUUGAAUUGAGAAGCAUUGCGAAUUUAAUGUUAAAAGUUGAAAUGCUGUUUGCCAUGGACUGUGCAAUAUAAAAUGGAUUUUGAACUGAAAUCCCCUUAAUAUUUUAGCUCUGGUUUUCCAUUCUAUUUUGCUGUGGUUUGGGGAUAGAAUGCUUUUUUUAAUGUUCUUUGUAUUUUAAAUUAAUAUGAAAGGGAUACUGUCAAAUGCUAUAUUUCAGAUUUAUGACUUUGAAUAUACAUAAUUGUUUGAACAACAA